AUGCUAAGGGCUCCGCUGACCUCCCACUGCUGCCCACCGGUCCCAGCCAUGGACCCCUACCAGGAGCCUGACCUGGGUUUCCAGCCCCCGCUUGACGAGGGCGCCCCAGACCUGGAAUGUGCCAUCUGCUUCAGCCAGUUCAACAAUGUCUUCCGCACUCCCAAGAUGCUCCAGUGCAAUCACACCUUCUGCCUGGAGUGCCUGGCCCGUAUGAAUGUCAAGUCGGCCAAGCCGGACUGCAUCCAGUGCCCGCUGUGCCGGGGACUCACCCCGCUGCCUGACCUGGGGUUGCCCAAGCUGACCACGGACCCAGCCGUGCUCUCCUACCUCCCCGCCGCCAUGCAGCGCGUCUACAGCAUCCGCUUCAACCGCAACAAGGGCAAGCUGCAGGUGAAGAGGACCACCGAUGGGCCCCCCCCCCUGAACUCGCUGCGUUCUGUUAGUCACUCUCUGGAUGUGGGGCUGCCUAGCUCCUCAGGAGGCAGUGGGAGGGGGGACGUAGAGGCGGGGCAGGGAGGAAGGCUCGGGGGGCUGAUGAGACUGUUUCGUAGACCAGCAUGCAGAGCCUCCCUCCUGGUGUCAGCGGUGAUGAUGAUGGUGCUGCUUACUUGCAUCAUCAUCUUCCUCCUCGCAUAUAAAUGGCUAUAA